UUGUGUUCUGUGGUGGCGAAAACCACAGAAACUAACCUUAUAACGUUAAAUUUUAUUAUAACAACAUUAUUAAAAUAUAUUCAUCAUUAAAAUGUAUCAAUUUUGCUUCACAUCUAGAAUAAUAAAUACCAGAGUUUUGAAUGUUUCAUUUAGGAAAUUGUCAACUGUUUCUGUUGGAAAAGUGGCAGAAAAAAUUUCAAUCAAUGGCAAUAAUGCUGAUCUAGAGAGCCUUUCCACAAUCGUAACCAAAAAUAGAGUUAAGCAGCCUCAAAGAGAACCUUUCGUGAAAAAUUUAUUUUUAGGUAAACUUGACACAGAAAUCCUUGCAUAUCCUGAAUUGAACAAAAAUGACGUUGAUCAAUUAGAAGAUAUUAUCAGUUUGUUACAAAAGUUCUCAAAUCAUCAAGAUGAUCCGAAAGAUUUUAAAGAAGCGUUAUGCAAACUAAAAAUGAGAAGAUGUUUAGGAUUACAAUGUUCUCUAGAUAUUGGUGGAAGAGAAUUGAAUCAAAGUGAAAAAUGUCGUUUCAAUGAAAUAUUACUGAACAGUAGUUAUAGAUAUAAUAUUUUGAAUAAUGAGUUAGGUAUAGAUCUUUUAUCUAAGUUUGGAACAGAUGAACAAAAAACUAAAUAUUUAGAGAAAUUAAUCAAUGGAGAAAUAUCCUCAACUAUGAGUAUAGCCCAUAAUUCUAUUGGGUCUGAUGAAAUUACAUCCAAUAUUGCUAGAGCUCAUAUUACAGAAUCUUUUGAUUCAUAUGUUUUGAAGGGAAAGAAGAAAUAUGUUAUUAAUGGAGACACUGCAGAUAUAUUUAUAAUCUUCAUGAAAACUGGAGGUACUGACAGGAAAUUCCUUGAAGGAAAUGAAUUUUCAGCUUUUAUUAUAGAUAAAUCUAUGCCUGGAGUUAUUCUUGAGAAAAUUGAUGUGAAUAAUGCAAAUUUAAAAGGAACAUGCAAUAUAAUUUUCAAGGAUGUAUUAAUACCUAAAGAAAAUAUACUAGGUGCUGAUGGAAUGGGUGUAGAUUUAUUAUCAAAAGUUCUACCUGAAUAUCACCUCAAUAUGAGUAUCAUAAAUCUCAAUAUUAUGAAGAAACUAGUUAAUUCUCUUUCACAGGAUUUACUGAACAAUUCAGCUCCAGGUGAAGAAGUAUACCAAACAGAAGCUGUGACUUCAAUAGUAAGUGAAAUUCUGUCUUAUGUUUAUAUGGUAGAAAGUAUGAUAUAUUUAACAUCUGGACUUAUGAGCACUUAUGAAAAUCAGGAUUGUGAAAUUGAAUCUUUAAUCACCAGUAUAUUUUCAACAGAGUUAGCUGUAAAGUCAACUGUACUAGGUAUGAGUUUAGUUGGUACACCCUUCAUUAAUUCUGGACAUUUUUGUCAAAAAUUACAUGAGGAAGCAAUAAUACAAUAUACUUCUUAUGAAAAUGAAAAUAUGACAAAACUUUUGAUUGGAUUAUUAGGGAUACAAUAUUCAGGUAAAAACCUAGGAGAAACUGUAAAAAAACUAAGAAAUCCUAUGAUGUUUGGAAACUUUAUUCUAAAGAGGUUAUGGCACUUUAGAAAACAAAGUUCAGACAAUCCAAAAUUGACUUUAGAAUUGAAAAAUUAUCUCCAUCCAUCAUGUCAAGAAUCUGCAAAUGAGAUUGAAUAUUGUGUGCUUAGAUUACAGUAUGCUACUGAAUCCCUUCUUGGCCAAUAUGGAAUAGAAGUUUUAAAUUGCCAUAAUCAUUUGAGGAGAUUGUCGGAAUCUGUGAUGCACAUAUAUGCAAUGAUUUCUUCUUUAAGUAGAGCUUCACGAUCCUAUUGCAUUGGUUUAGAAAAUAGUGAUGCAGAAAUGAUAUUAGCAAAUGUAGUUUGCCGAAAUUCUCACAAACAUGUAAGGUCUACUUUAAAUGAUGCCAUAGAACAAUGUUUGAUCAUGGAUGAUCCUUUAAAACAUUUAUCAAAUAAUUUAUACAGUAAAAAAAGUUAUUAUUUUGCUCAUCCCUUAAGUAGAAUUUUUUGAUAAAUUAUUGAUUAAGAUUGAAAACCUUUGUAUGAUUCCUUUUGUGCAAUGUAGUUGGAUACAGAAUUCAUUCUUAUGGAUUUGAAUUGGUUGCACAUUCAAAUUGGCAAUGUUGUUUCUGCAAAUUGUAUGAAGCAUUGAAAUAAAAAGAAUUUUUGUUUUA